AUGUCUGAAAACCAGGUUCAUGUUUAUUUUAAUCAAAACGUCUCUAAGUGGAAUAUUAAAGACUUCUUAGAUAACUGUAAACUCGUAGAUAUAAGUGACAAAAUAAGUAUUUAUCUUAAAUCUCUUGAGGCCAUCGCCGACACUGAAGAAGGACCAAAGUACAAACGAGCAAAGGAGUUGCUUGCAAGAUAUAGGGAG